CGGCGUGGGGCACAGUAGGGGCCGGCUUUCGGCAGGGAGUGAGGGGUUUGCGUUGGCUGCUGUGUCCCGUGCGCUCUGGACGCGUUCGCAGGGAAGGCGGCUGGGGGUGGAAGGGAGUCCCCGGGAGCCAGGCUGCCAGGUUUAAAAUCCCAUGUCUCUGCCCUCCGCCUCCAAGGCCCUUCAUGCAGCGGCGCCUCCCAUUAGCAGAACUGCCUGCUCGCCUGCUGCCAUGGCUUCAAGGUCACCUUCCCUGCAGGCAGAGAGCAGAGCAGAGCGGCUGCAGCGAGCUGAGCGUCGCCCGAAGAAGAAAGCCAACAGUGUGCGUCUUUCUGCACCCAACCGCCGUGCCCUGGUACUUGCCAACCUGCUGCUGCUGCUGCUCCUGCCUCGUUGCCCAGGUUCUCAAGCGACCAGUUUAACCAAAAAUAGCCUGAAUCCCAACAGUUCUUUGUGGGAUCUGGAUUAUGAAGGACUAUUUCACGGUAAGAAAAUUCUCCCAGGGACUCCUGGCUCAUAUAAAUUCUCCAGCCUUCUUAGAAGUAAUGCUCUUGUAAGUCAUGAGGAAAGAAGAAGGUUGGUAACAAAUCAGAACCUGACUCAGAAAUCAAAGGAAGAGCGGUUAUCCUGUGACACGCUCCUUAAGCUUUACAGAUACGUUUUUAUGGAUGCCUUUGGACCUAAGCUUGCUUGGAGUAUAUUUCGAUUUCAUAACUGUGAUAAGGAAGUCAACCCACCCAAAAUUCAGAUCAACCCUCUCAAGCUGCUGCAAACUAAACUGAAGCCACUGUUGUUAUACCGGGUGCUUAAGGUCCUCAGGGAUAUGGGAGUAUUGGCUGAGGCCCAGCAAUCCAAAGCCUUCUCACUGCUAAAGAAGCAAAUGCUUAAAACAAGGAGAAUGUUGUUUAAGUCUGAAGUGAAACAAAGUGGUACGUAUCUAAGGAGAAUGCAUGUUUCCUGUGUUUUUAACAUUUUCUGCUUGCCUCUAUGUUUACCAGCCUCAUGUGACAAAUGAUGUUUAAUUGAUUCACCUAUGAGCUUAAGGAUAUAUGUUAGAAUGGUGGCUUUUAAGCACUGGUGCUUCCAGCUUUUGCCAUUGAUUAGUACUUGGUUGCCCAUCUUCCUCCCCUCUUUCCAUUUCCUCCCACAUCAUAAGGCCCGUUCCUGCAAUGCUGACUCACUGGCUUCAGUGGGAUUAAUGGCAUGGGUUAUAGGAUCAGCCCCUUAAUGAAAGGCUUGAUGUUCUGCCUCUGUUCUGACACUGCUGCCCGCUUCUCAUUCCCUUAUCUGACCUGUAACCCACAGUGGAGCAUGGGCUGCUGUAAACCAGCCUCCUGCAAUCUGGCCUGCUGUGCUGAUAGUUUGCUACAAGCAGGGCCGGCGCUUUCAUUUAGGCGGCCUAGGCAAUCGCCUAGGGCGCCAGGAUUAUUGAUGGGUGGCGUUUUGCCGGAGGGGGCGGCAGGCGGCUCCGGUGGAGCUGCCGCAGUCAUGGCUGCAGACGGUCGGCUGCUCGCGUGGCUCUGGUGGACCUCCUACAGCCACGACUGCGGCAGCUCCACCGGAGCCCUGGGAGCAGCGCGCUGGGCAGCGAAAUUGCUGUGCGCCUAGGGCGCUAAAACCCUAGCGCCGGUCCUAGCUACGAGCAGACAGGAUCAUGCAGAAUCCAAUAGGAGAGGGUUAUAGGUGUCUCACUGCGGCCCUGUAAAAGCCUCGACCCAGUGUUCAUUAUUAAAUGCCCAAACUGGCAAAGUGCAUUGCGAAGCAUCUCCUGUGAAAUGCUGAGCACCUGAAUUUCCAUAUUGACUUUAGUGGGAGAUGAAAGUGUUCAAAAUCUAGUAGGAAGGGAUCCAUUAAGGUAGGUAGGAGAAAGGAGAAUUUGCUGGCUGCAGAGUAAGGGAUGCUAGAAAGAUUCUGGAUGCAGACUGUAGAGGUCACGGACCUGACAGGUUGAGUAGCAUUCUGUUAGAAGACCACCUCUGAAAGUCAAGAGCCAUUAAAGGAAAUGUUAUGGCUGUGCAAUGUCCAGCACAAUGCCUCCCCCCCCAAAUUCUGACAGGGGUCUUGGAGUGUUACUUGAAUACAAAUAAUGAUCAAUAAGUUGUUGUGUAUUAUACAAAGCAUUUCUGGAUGAGGUGGUUGUACUGAAGUUUUUAAGCCAUUAGAACAAAUUGAAAUACUUUGAUGUAUUCUGAUUUUCUUAAGACUAAACUGAAUGUAUUUGCCUACAGAGAGAUGCAAGUAAUAUAACUUUUGUUGAGAAAACAAAUAUCAGCACAGAAUAUUCAGUAGCAUUUGCAGAUGGGAAGAGGCAAGUUUUAUAUUUAGUUAUUGAAAAUACAUUGUGUUUUAAUGGUGACGUAUAAAUUGGAGCUUCGUGUUAUCCAUUUUCAGGAUGAAGUGUCACAUUAUAUAUGAAUUCUUAUGAAAUGGAUUCCUGCUUUGACCCAUUCCAGCCUAAACCGGCAGUCAUAGCAAGUAUAGUGGUUUAAGUGAUCCUUGCAAGCAGUUAAUUCAGUACAAAUCUUGGAAUAAGACUUAUUCAGUAUUGUUCAUGAAAAGGGCCCUGGAGAAAUCAUCUGAAAGAUAUUAGGACCUGAGUAUGCUAACCAUGUGCAAGGGUGACCCCUGUUGGUAGAAUUUAAAACCAGAUGUGGACAAAUCUCAUUUACCAUCCCUAUCUGGUAAACCAGUCUAUUGGCUUUUUUGUAGCUUCUGAUUUUAUAUCUAUGUAAUUAAGAAAUAUUAAAAAAGAAUAUCAAGACAACACAGAUCAAAACACUAAUUCAUUCUCUCUAUUUAUUUAUAUAUAUAUGUGUGUAUAUGUAUAUAUGUAAUGUGUGCAUAGAUACAUACACAUGUUGCCCAAGCUAUUUAUAUAAUUUAUGCUAAUAUGUAUGUGUAUUGUGUGCAUUUGAAAACUGUCCUGAGCAUCCAGUUUUUAUCUAAAGUAGACAGACUGGGCUGUGUCGUAGGAACAGGGACUUGGUUAGCUAGGCUACUUUUGUUCGAACUAUUCCAUGGGAACUACUUAGUGAAAACUGACCCUGCUUUUCCUUCCACCCUCUGAGCAGUAUUAAGGAAACAGGAUAUCAUUCACAGAGGGAGUUUACCAGGGAGGAAAGUGCUUACACAGGAAGUACCAUCCCUUCAAUCCUGUGUGAAUUUUGUGUCUACUGCCAGAAGAAAGUCAGGGGCAUUGUGGGAACAAACUAUUAGUCAAAAUGUCUCUGUCAUGAAUCAGCUAUUUUUUGUCAUCCCCUUUAAAUCAGACCUCACUAGAUCCCAGUCAAUCCAAUUAAACUCUUUAUGCAAAAUAUUACAUUUAUUGCAACAUGUUGGGGCUUGGAUUGUUAAAAUUUUCCUAAUAUCAGGUAGUCCAUGAGGAAAGAGUGGCAUGACCCAUUUUGUUUUUAUCAGGAUGGAUUACUACUGAUUAGCCUAAAAAAAAGAGUAAGAGUAACAGCAAAAUGAGGUCCUUUUGCUAGGAAAGGCUGAUGAGACAGGAUGUUCUGUCUUCCUGUGUGAAGGUGUGAGGAUUUUUGCAUGGUUGGAAAUGUUCUUGUGCUGAGAAAACAUCUUGCGUAGUUGAAGAGUAUUGUGUAAACUUUAUUCUGGAAUUUAUUUGAAAAAGAAAAAUAAUCCUGAAAACGAGGUUUGUCAAG